AUGAACGAUGACAGCUGGAAUGGAGAAUGUGGUGUCAACAAGGGUAGUAACCAGAGACGGCGACAGACGGAGGCAGUGUAUGGGGUCCUUAUGUGCCAGCUGGCACGAAAAGGAAAGAAAUGGUGGGACGACCAAAUUUUUAAAAGCGGUCCUGGAAAGAAUAUAUCAGUCAUAGACUACAUAGACUACAUUAAUUUCUUGGAUGGAACUGUUGGAGCAGCAACCCCUCAUGAAAGACUAAACAAAGUCAACUCAACCAUAACAGGAUUCUUCAACUUUUUCUCCACGGAUGAUUAUCGCCCUCCUCCAGCAUAUGACUCCCUCUUCUCACGAACGAACACGAAUCCUCCCAAGUUAACAUAUCAUCGCCGUUCAAACAGAUCCAAUCCAUACCUUCAAGAUGACAGAAAUCUAUGGGAAAAACUUCAUGAAUGCUUUGAAAUGUCCAUUUUACAACAGAUAAUAUGGCUAGCAGCUCUGGCUUUUUCUAUAUCAUAUAUAGUUUACGGACUGAUGCAUAAAGGAGACUGUUACUGGAAAGUUUUCAAUAAGAAAGGCAAAGUUGAGGAAGAAGAGGAUCUCACCGGUUUCAUACAAGUUGAGGGCGGGAUCUUGUGUGCCACUAUCCUAUACGCCUUUUUAUGUCGAUUCUUUGGUCUGUUGGAGAGUCGUCGUACCCAUCGACAAUCUAGAGAUGAAAUUGAGGGAAAGAAAAAAUGUGGUUGUCAUCUGUUUUUUAUUGGCCUGGCAUUGUAUAUUGCUAAUUUCGGUUUUUGUGUCGCAGGAGCCACAAAAGUUUUCCAUUUUUAUGACAAUAACAAAACAGAAGAAAAUAAAACGUAUACAAUAGAGUGCGACACAGAUUUCUACAGCUUUUAUUAUAAUGCCAAAAUAGGAGAACUUGUGGUGUUAAUGCCGUACGCUCUUUACAUUUUGAUUGCCAUGAUUUUUGUGCCAGACCAACAGAAGAGAUGGUUCCUACGACGCAAAUGGCGUCAAUGGGUCAGACUUCUUGACGCAGACCAAGAUGGCAUUAUUAGCGCUGAUGACAUGGAAAGGACUAACGCCAAGUUGGAACAGAUUCGUAGACUUGUUGGGGCCAGAGAUACUCCCUUAUCUGCUGAAGAACAAAAGAAAUGGUGGAACGACCACAUUUUCAAGAGCGGCCCUGGGAAAGACAUUUCCAUGACUGAUUACGUAAUGUGGGUGGAAUCAAACAUUCCUCUUCAUGAAAUGGCAAACAAAGUCAAACCAAUCAUUACGGGUUUCUUCAACUUCUUCUCGACGGAGGAUUAUCGAAAGAAAAAUCUCAUAAUCGGUGAAGAGGACUUUGUCAUGUUCUGGGCCAUUCUUGCUGAUGUCAACGAACGUCAUUGCAGAAAAAUGUUUGUUAAGCAUAUACCUUCACCACUAACGAUGGCCUUUUUCUUGGAGGACUUUGAGGCUUUUCUUUCGCAUAAUGAAUUUUGGAAUGAAUACGCCUAUAGAGUAUUUAACAUUCUGAAAUAUAGAGACUCGUGUAGAUGCUGCAGAGUGUGAAAAUUAUUAUAAACUUUCUCACACACGAAAACAGGAGAUAUGCAUUGAUAUUAUUUAACAAACAUCAUGCUUUUUCAGCUACAGGUGUUGAGAUACAAAAAAAGGGGAAAAAAUAGCAACUGUUGCAGUAUAGGAUACAGUCUGUUCAAUGCAGUAUUUGGAUUUUCCUUGCCAUUUCUUUUUAAGCGAAAAUACUCGUCAGUGUGUGUAUGUGUGUGUGUGUGUGUGUGUGUGUGUUGAAGAAGUGAGGUAGGUGUUUUUCUACUUUUCCACUGUCAUGUUACUUUUUAAGGUCGACAAUAAUGAUCAUGCAUUUUAAAUUAACUCUUGAAGACUGUCGUGUAAAACUGCAUCUGCAUGGAGAACACAAAACUGUGAUGAAUACGAUUUGAUUUUUUUAAAGUUUAUAAUUACAUGUGUUACGUAUUCAAAUACUAAAUUGUUCUAUUUUUA